CAUAAUUCUAUAACCUGAUGCCAAAUAAAGCUUUAAAUGACGGAUCAGUGUCACGAGCCAAAUUUGGUUCCAAGUAUUACGGAGACAACAACUGACUCCCAGAUUCAAGAAGUUCGAGCUGAGCAGAUUCAUGAAGUUCAUGCUGAGAAGGUGGUACAGAAUGUAACAAAUAUCGAUGAGACAAACAUAACUGACUCCCAUAUUCAAGAAGUUCGAGCUGAGCAGAUCCAUGAAGUUAAUGCUGAGGAGGUGGUGCAGAAUGUAACAAACAUUGAUGAGACAAAUAUAACUGCUUCUCAGAUUCAAGAAGUUCGAACUGAGCAGAUCCAUGAAGUUCAUGCUGAGAAGGUGGUGCAGAAUGUGACAAAUAUUGAUGAGACAAACAUAACUAAUUCUCACUUACAAGAAGUUCGAGCUGAGCAGAUUCAUGAAGUUCAUGCAGAGAAAGUCGUGCAGAAUGUAAUAAACAUUGAUGACCAACCAUCUUCAAGUCUGUCAUCACCCACACAGCAAAGGCCGACUGAAGCAGGUGCUCAACCAAAUACAGCUGCCGACCCUGUAUAUAAAGUUGAUCCCACACCAUCAGGGAUUCUCGGUAAAGUCUCUCGCAAAAUUCAUAAAGGUCGGCGUGUGAGAAAGUUCAUUGAUUAUUUCAACAAGAGGUCAUGGAAAGAAACUGAAGUCAAAGUUGCAGAAAAUUACAAAAAGCUCAAUGAGCCUGAUUUCGAGGUUCAUCCUAAAUUAAAGAAAGUUUCAUACUUCUAUGAGGGCCAAAUGGCAGCAGAGUACAAGAAAGAAAAAGAAUUUGCUGUAACAGAGCGAUCUGAAGAAAUUGGGGAGGUGACAACUAUGAACGAAUUGGUUCAACAGCUCAGUAAUGGAAGCUGUAAGUACAUUGCAAUUACGGGGCAGGCUGGGAGUGGCAAAACGACAAUUAUGAAACGAAUGUCUCGAAGAGUUGUUGUUGCUAAUGACUUGGUGAAGGAAGCUAGGAAAGCAAAAGGAACAUUCAGCAAAGAAAAAUGUAAAUUUAAAUUUGUUCAUCACUUCGGUUUCAAAGAUAUGCCUGUUUCCUAUGCUGCAAGACCAGAAGAAGCAUUAAGCCCUUGUGAUUUGCUUUUUGGAAAAAUUGCACAUGGGUUCACAAAGCUAGGGUUAGAAGAUGGAUACGAAUGGCUUAUUGAGCAUGAUUCUGAGUGUAUUUUCUUCUUCGAUGGUUUAGAUCAGGCAAUGUGGGAUCUUCAUGGAAACCAUAACAAGAUGAAUUACUUUGACAAGUCAAGUACAACAACAAUUAUAUACAAUAUUUUAACAGGAAAUCUUUUCCCUGGUGCAAAAAUUGUGAUUUCAUCACAUGAACACAAAAUAGCUUCCUUGCCUUCAGAAUUACGGCCUUCAUUCAUAACUGCCCUCACUGGUCUAGAUCAAGAGGACACCAAAAAGUUAUUCAUUGCAGUUUUGGGUGAGAAAGGAGAAGAAUCCUGGAAUAAGUUGACUGUUCAAUCACCAUCGCUCAUCCAGUUUUCGAGCAUACCAUUAUUCUUGUUUUUUAUUGCAAUAGUUCACAAGUUCAACCCUGCAAAUUCACCCGAUGCGAUGACAGAUGUGAUGAUACAAAUACUCCAUAUUUUUAUGCGGUCCGAUCACGCUCAGAAACGAACAAACAUGAGGCAGGAUAUUUGCAAGUUAAUGGAAAUGUCAUUUAAAGGCACAAAAGAAAAGAGAGUAAUUUUUACUAUUGAUGAUUUUGAAAGGGUAGGCCUUCAUUCAGAUGAGGUUCGUGAUCUUAUCUUAAAAGUGCCUGGAAAUAACAUGCUAAGCCAACAUCUCAUGGAAGGCGACAAUUUGAUGUUCUUCAGUCACCAAAUCCUUCAAGAAAUUUUGUCCAGUUUAUACAUCGCCAACAUGGAUCUUGCCACUUUCCAAUCAUUUAUCAUUGAAGAGAUUCACGAUGAUCACUGGUCAGUUGUUCUGCGUUUCUUGUGUGGAAUUAUUUUUAAUCAAGAUAUCAAAAUUGAAUUCCUUAAAGAUCUUACGACUAUGGUCAAUCGAAAAGAGAAAAAAGCAAUACUUAGAGAAAACCUCAAGGCUAAGAUAAGCCAAUGUACGCAAGCCUAUCAAAAGUUGGAGUUGUUCGGUGCCUUGUAUGAGGCCAAUGAUGCCGAACUCAUCCAGUCGCAUGUGCAAAAAAUCAACUUCGAAAAUGAGUCUUUCACUACUGCAGGAAUGUAUGCAAUGUCGUCGGUUAUGCGACGUUGUGGUCACCUUGAGCAGUUUCGUCUGGUUAAAUGUGGCCUCAAUGCAAAGUUGAUGAAAUGCUUGGAGAUAAAUUUGAAAGGGUCUGAAUUGAAGGUAUCGAAGUUGGAUAUCAGUGGGAAUCAAAUGAAUGAAGAAGCUUUCAAUAAUCUUGGUUCUGCUUUGGCAAGUAUUGAUGGAAGAGAAUUGGAACUCAAACUUCAAAUGUGCGGACUCACCAAAGAGAAAAUCGAUGCACUGGGAAGAAUUACAGGAUUAAAGAUUCACACUCUUGAUGUUCGAAACAACUCCCAGAUUACAUCGGAUUUAUUUCUUGCAAUCGCUAAAGUUGCAACUCAGAGUGAAGUCAAGAAUCUUCUGACAGAUUCAUGCAAAGAGUUACAUCUAACUACAAAGCAGCUGAAGGAACUAAACAAAUGGAAAACUUGUGGAAAGAUUCACACUCUUGAUGUUCGAAACAACUCCCAGAUUACAUCGGAUUUAUUUCUUGCAAUCGCUAAAGUUGCAACUCAGAGUGAAGUCAAGAAUCUUCUGACAGAUUCAUGCAAAGAGUUACAUCUAACUACAAAGCAGCUGAAGGAACUAAACAAAUGGAAAACUUGUGGAAAGUUGGAUAAACUAGAUGUCAGUAACAACAAGGAUCUUGGCACUGCUGGUUUUGGCGAUGUUGGAUUAGUCGUUUUGCAAUAUCAGGUGAAGGCAUUAGAGGCUCGGUAUUGCAAUCUGACAGCAGAAAGCAUGAAAGCAUUCAAGGAAAACACUCGAAAUGCAACGUUGGAUAAACUUGAUGUCAGUGGCAACGAGGAUCUUGGCAGCGAUGGUUUUGGUGAAGCUGGAAAAGUUGUUUCGCAAUGUCAGGUGAAGGUAUUGGAAGCUCGGAAUUGCAAUUUGACAACAGAAGGAAUGAAAGCAUUCAGAGAAAAUACUUGCAAUGUGAAGUUGGAUAAACUAGAUGUCAGUAAUGCCUAUAAUCUUGGAAUUGCUGGUUUUGGUGAAGUUGGAAAAGUCGUUUUACAAUGUCAGGUGAAGGCAUUAGAGGCUCAAUAUUGCAAUCUGACAGCAGAAGUAUUACAAUCAUUUAGGAAAAACACUCGCAAUGGAAAGUUGGAUAAACUAAAUGUCAGUGACAACAAGAACCUUGGAAUGGAUUUUGGUGAAGUUGGAAAAGUUGUUUCACAAUGUCAGGUGGGGGUAUUACAGGCUAAUUAUUGCAAUCUGACAGCAGAAGGGAUAAAAGCAUUCAAGGAAAACACUCACAAUGCAAAGAUUAAAUUCUUAGAUCUGAGUUGGAACAAUGUCAGAUAUGAAUGGUUACCUACAGUCAGUGAAAUUGUUUAUCAAUGCGGGGUUGAAACAUUGAAGAUGUGCAAUUGUUCCUUUACUGGAGAUCAGUUGAGAAUAUUCAAAGAAUUGAUCGCUGAUACUGUGGUUGAGUUCAUAGAUUGAAAUACAGUGAAUGUGACAAUCAGGCAUUGAAUUAGCCACAAUGUUUUGUUUUUUUAAUCCUAGUUUGUAUAAAGUAUUGCCAUGAUCUUCUUUUAAUCAGUGUCUCACAUCUUAAAAUUGAUUUAAAAGGUAUUGCUCGAUUUUACAUCGUGUCUUUAUUUUAUUGUGUUCUUUUGACUGUUUUUGCUGGACGGGCACAUACUUGUACAUUUUAAACUUUUUCAUUAAGUUAUGCCCGUCCUCAGGUUCUCUGCAUUUUGUUUGUCCGUUUGUUGUUGUUUUGUUUCUUUCAGAGUGAAAAAAUUUGAUUGAUUGAAGUUGAUGAAGUGGCGCAGUAAAAUGACAAACUUCAAAGUCACAUUCUGCAAUAUGUAUGUUAAUACCUUAACAGUGCCAGAUACAUGGGCUUGGUUGAGAAUGCCCAAACCAUCCAGAUGUGACAUGAACCAACCUGUGAAGAGAAGGAGUCUAGUAAUUCUUUCACACACGAUUGUAGCAGAUGAUUCAAACUUAAGGAACCUAAAAAGUGAAUACAUCACGACAACCAUUGAGGCUGGUGGAAGUCAUAAAGAGUGCAUUGGAUGAAAGUCUGAUGUUUUACUGACUUACUGAACGUAACUUCCAACUCUUCUAGAAACCUUGUAGAAGUUUGUGUCAAAUAACAUGCAUGUAUGUUUUCCCUCAAAACAUACUUUCGUGCUGUCAAACGAAUUUAAAAAAUAAACUUCAUCUUCAGCGGCCUAAAACUAUAUAAAACUCUUGGCGACUUUAGUUAUUAUCACAACAUUUUUUUUUUUUAAUUUUCGUUUGAAAUGAUUUUCUGGUUUGAAAUGAUCGCUUGGUGAGCAGCAAUGUUUUAAACAUAAUAUUGAAACCUAGAAUUCAAUUCCUGGGAAUAAUUUUAUAGAGCACUUUGUCAUUUUGACACCAAAUAUUAAGGCUGUAUGGGAUGCAUUUUUAUUAUUUUAAUACUUUGUGGUUCAAAUUAAUGCCUGAAAAGAAGAAAGAACAGAGAAAUACCGAAUAAAAACUACGGUGUCUUUG